AUGAUAGAAGAUCCUGUAGCAAAAAGUCUUUCCGAUUCGAGACGGGACAGCAGCGGCAGCAGCCAUGAAGAGCUCGUACGCGAUGCCAACGCUUCGCUACCAGAGCCAGCUUCCACCGAACCUGCCUUCCAUCCUAUCCUGCCCCCCGCCCGCCCUCCCCAGCUGCGCGCGCCAUUUCGCGCCACACCCGGCGGCAGGCGGACGCCGUCCUGCCCGCCCUCACCUCCUUCCCCCGUCCCUCCCCCACUCCCCCUUACUCCCCCACCCCCCCGCCUCCACGGCUGCUGCGCGCCUUGUUGCGCCACACCCGGCUCCAGGCGGAAGCCGUCCUACCCGCCCUCACCUCCUUCCCCUCUCCCUCCCCUCCCAACCCCUCUCCCCCCACUCCCCCUCCCCCAGCUGUUGCGCGCCUGCUCGCGCCACCCCCGGCGGCAGGCGGACGCCGUCCUGCCCGCCCUCUCGCGCCUGCUGGACCUCCAAGCGCGCCUCACAGCCGCGCGCGCCCCCCUGGGGGGAGCCCCGCGCGCAGAAGGGGAAACUGAGAGAGUCGAGGGGACUGAGGGCGCGGAAGUGAGUGCAGGAGGGGGAGGGGGGAGGGGUGAGGCUGGUAGGGAAGGAGGGGGAGGUGCAGCAGCAGAGGAAACGUCACUAGUGGCAGCACCAGCAGCGCCACCAGAGUUGUCACCGUGGCAGCAGCUGGAGGAGCAACUUUCUUUGGACGAACCAGGGAGUGGGGGAGGGAAGUAUACCCCAUCUGGGGCUAGGCCACCCCCCUCGCCUUCCUCCCCUGCUAACAAGCAGCAUGGGAGAGCCGCGAGCCAGUUUCUGUUUGAUGAUCCGAUGCUGAUUGAGUACAACGCGUCGCUGUCCGCCCGAGCCUCCUCGCCGCUAGGCUCGGGCCGAGCCUCAGGGACAGGUUCGGAAGGUGGGGUGGCGGGCGGUGGGGGGAGUGUGGGGGCGAGUGGGGGCCCUGGUCCGUCUCUGUUGUCCCCCAUGGGUGGUGGGACUGGGUCAUCUCUUUUGUCUCCUGUGGGGUGUUCUACCCCUCAAUCCACGCUCUCUGAUGCUGUGCUGACGGCUACUGCUAGCAGCAGCACGAACACGAGCAGCAGUAGCAUUGCGGCUGUGAGUGGGCCGUUGGAGACUUUGUUUAUUGGGUCGGAUGUGGCAGGAGCAGUGGGGGCAGCAGGUGCAGCUGCUGCUGUUGAUGGUGUUAGCAGCAUUGGCGUGGUUGAAGGAGGAGGGGGUGUGAUGAAAUCCCGAUCUGCCACCCAGCCAACUCUGCAAUGCUCCUCCUCCUUUCCUGUCCAAGAAAACAAGCUCGGAAUCGUAUCGUCUAAUUCCUUAUCCCUGCCUCGCUCUGCUGCUGCUAGUGCUGUUGGGGAUGGAGACUCCACCGCUCCGCCCCCUAGAAUCACCAUUCCCCCAGUUUAUUCCGAUGGGUCUGGCAAGGCGCGCCAAGCAACAGUGGCGAGUGCAGUGGAGAGUGCGAGCAUGAAGGAGUACACAGCAGAGGAGACGCAGGCCAUGGCGUGGCAUGGCAUGGCUAAUCCAUCCAUCCCCUUAUGCACCUACUGCUCUCCCUCCUUCCGCCCCUUUCCUCCCCGGUGCAGCAAGGCGCGCCAGGCAACAGUGGCGAGUGCAGUGGAGAGUGUGAGCAUGAAGGAGUACACAGCAGAGGAGACGCAGGCCAUGGCGUGGCAUGGCAUGGCUAAUCCAUCCAUCCCCUUAUGCACCUACUGCUCUCCCUCCUUCCGCCCCUUUCCUCCCCGGUGCAGCAAGGCGCGCCAGGCAACAGUGGCGAGUGCAGUGGAGAGUGUGAGCAUGAAGGAGUGCACAGCAGAGGAGACGCAGGCCAUGGCCAAGGCGCGCCAAGCAACGGUGGCGAGUGCGGUGGAGAGUGUGAGCAUGAAGGAGUACACAGUAGAGGAGACGCAGGCCAUGGCCAAGGUGCGCCAGGCAACUGUAGCGAGUGCGGUGGAGAGUGUGAGCAUGAAGGAGUGCACAGCAGAGGAGACGCAGGCCAUGGCCAAGGCGAGGCAGGCAACGGUGGCGAGUGCGGUGGAGAGUGUGAGCAUGAAGGAGUACACAGCAGAGGAGACGCAGGCCAUGGCAUGGGCGGAUCUAGAGCCGCUGAUCAAGCUGUGGAUCAGAGACAUCAGCAUCCUGCUGCGAGUUCUCUUCUUUUCCGAGCAUCAGCUCAUCAAGGGCGUUCUCGACGCCUCUCCACCCACCAGCCAUAGCAGCAGCAGCAGUGCCACCAGCGGCAGCAGUAGCGGCAGCAGCGGCAAUAGCAGUAUUGCCGGCGCUGCUGUUACCACCGUCAUUGCUGUAGCUUCUGCACCCGACAGUGCUUCGACCCCAGCCGUUCCUGACUCUGGUUCGGAUCUCCUCUCGCAUCCUGACCCCAUGUGUGAAACACCUGAAGAAACUCCUGAGCCUGCUCCCGAGGCGCUGAAGGCGAAUGACAGCACGACCCACAGCACGUCCCAGAGCACACCUGAGAAUACACCUGAGGGAGCACCUGAGAGCCCACCUGAGAAUCCACCUGAGAGUACACCUGAGAGCAGCAGCAAGCGCACGGAGCAGGUUGCCCGGAAACCCGGGGAGCACCUGAUGAGUCCGGACAGCGUGUUUCGGCAUCUAGUGGGGUCGGUGGGCGGCGUGAAGUCGACCCUGUGUGCACUGUGUGCGAAUGCUGCAGCCAUUGCUGCGUCUAAGAGCGCCCCUGAGAAGAUUUUUGCCCUGCUGGAGGCAUACCGCACCGUGGCUGACCUCUCCCCACAGGCGCUGCCAGUGUUCCUCGCUCUCCCCAAGAGCGAUUCAGACGAUCCAUUCAAGCUCUGGCAGCGCCUCUCGCAGCUCUUUGCCGGAGCCAUCUUUGCCACUCUGGACGACCUCAACCGCAUUCUCAGGGACGUGGCAGCGUUUGUGCCGGCCAACCAGGCGUCCGGUAGCUCGCCCAUGAAGAAGAAACUGCUCAGGCUGAUUCACUGGAAGUCCUCGGAGCAGAAAACAACCAACGAUGAAGAAGUGGAUAUUGGCGUGCAUAAAGUGACAAGCUACGUUAUUAACUUCAUCGCACAACUAAUGGAUAGGGAGAGCCGAGCGGACCACUAUGGAACCCUAGAAAUGGUCUAUAAGAGACACGCCGCGGAUAAGAGGCUCAUAGGCCUGGCUACUAUAGGCGGGGCGAGUUUCAGGGAGAGGGGAGGGGGAGGGGGAGCGGGAGGGGGAAGCGGAGGGGGGAAGGCGGGGGGGAGCAGCGGGGGGAGCAAGACGGGGGGGAGUAAACUAGGAGCAGUGCAUAGCGGCCAAGGGGGGCACAGCAGCAGAGGCAUGCAGGGAAGCCAGGGCAGUCAAGGAAGUCAAAGCGGCGGUCAAAGCGGUGGUCAAAGUGGAGGUCAAACGAGUCAAGGCGGGAGUCAAGCAGGUCAAGGGGGGAAUCAGCUGCAGCAUCCGAGUGCGGGCGGCAGGCGCCAGCUGGCGGCGGAGAUGGAGGGGUUGCUGGAUUCUUUGUUAUUCAACAUGGAGGCGAGAGGGCGGGCGAUUCAGGACCUCGCAAUGGGGGCGCUGUUUGUGAUGAACAACGCGCACUAUGUGGCUGGCAGCAUUGUUGCAACGAGGAUGAAGGAUGCACUGAAGCAGCAGGACCGCAUCGCAGCGUAUGAGGCAGCAUUCGAUAAGGCAGGCCUGGCAAAGCUCAUGGCGUGCUUGGCGCCUGAGGAGGUGUCUGCAAAGCUCAGCGCGGAUGCAGUCAAAUCCAGGCUGAAGAAGUUCAACUCAGCUUUUGAGGAGGUGGCGUUGGAGCAGAACCGUUGGAUCGUAAUCAGCGACUCGCAGAGGAAGAAGACGAGGAUUCGCUUCGCCCGCACGCUCAAGAACGCGUAUUUGGAGUUCCUCACACCUCACAGGGAAAUCAUAUCGGACAUAACAACCUAUCAGUGGUCGCCAGAUGGCAUCGAACGAUUGAUGCUCAAGUCUUUCUUCCUCGGCCGGAGCCUCCCUCUCAUCAUGACUGCUUGA